GGGGCGGGCGAGUAAAUGGGGGGAGCCCAUGGACAAGGCCUGCUGCCGGAGCCUGAGCUAGGACCACCUCCCAAGGACCGCCCAGGCCCCCUCUGCUCUGACCCUUCUGCUGGCAAGUCUGGGCAUCCGCAAGCUCCAGAAGGAGGGAGCUCUCGGCCAGGCAAAACCAACACCGCCGUCACCAUGACAACCACUCACCAGCCUCAGGACAGGUACAAAGCCGUCUGGCUUAUCUUCUUCAUGCUGGGUCUGGGGACGCUACUCCCAUGGAAUUUUUUCAUGACAGCCACUAGGUAUUUCACAAACCGCCUGGACGAGUCCCAGAAUGUGUCCUUGGUCACUGCCGAGCUGAGCAAGGACAUCCAGCCCUCAGCCGCCCCCACAGUGCCCUCCCCAGAGCGGAACUUGCUCAGCGCUGUCUUCAACAAUGUCAUGACGUUAUGUGCCAUGCUGCCCCUGCUGUUCUUCACCUGCCUUAACUCUUUCCUGCAUCAGAGGAUCCCCCAGUCUGUUCGGAUCCUGGGCAGCCUGGUAGCCAUCCUGUUGGUGUUCCUGAUCACUGCUGUCCUGGUGAAGGUGCAGCUGGCUGCCCUACCCUUCUUCGUCAUCACCAUGGUCAAGAUCGUUCUCAUCAACUCGUUCGGUGCCAUCCUGCAAGGCAGCCUGUUUGGUCUGGCCGGCCUCCUGCCCACCAGCUACACUGCCCCCAUCAUGAGUGGCCAGGGCCUGGCAGGUAUCUUCGCCUCAGUGGCCAUGAUCUGUGCCAUUGCCAGUGGCUCAGAGCUGUCAGAAAGUGCCUUCGGCUACUUUAUCAUCGCCUGCGGGGUUAUUGUCUUAGCCAUCGUCUGUUACCUGGCCCUGCCCCGCCUGGAGUUCUACCGCUACUACCAGCAGUUCAAGCUUGAAGGGCCUGGGGAGCAGGAGACCAAGUUGGACCUCAUUAGUAAAGGAGAGGAGACAGGAGCAAACAAAGAGGAGUCCAGAGUUCCAGCCCCCAGCUCGCAGCCCACCAACAAAGGCCACUCGAUCCGAGCCAUCCUCAGAAACAUCUUAGUCCCGGCUCUCUCUGUCUGCUUCAUCUUCACGGUCACCAUUGGGGUGUUUCCCGCCGUGACUGCUGAGGUCCGGUCCAGCAUCGCGGGCACCAGUGCCUGGGGAGACUACUUCAUUCCCGUGUCUUGUUUCUUGACUUUCAAUGUCUUCGACUGGCUGGGCCGGAGCCUUACAGCUGUAUUUACAUGGCCUGGGAAGGACAGCCACUGGCUGCCAAGCCUGGUGCUGGCCCGGAUGUUGUUUGUGCCCCUGCUGUUGCUAUGUAACGUCCAGCCCCGCCGCCACCUGGCUGUGGUCUUUGAGCACGACGCCUGGUUCAUCGUCUUCAUGGCUGCCUUCGCCUUCUCCAACGGCUACCUCGCCAGUCUCUGCAUGUGCUUCGGGCCCAAAUAAGCAGAGAGACACACAGACUCGGAGAGAUGGGGAGAAUUCCCAGACAGUGAAGGAGAUGGAGAUACAAGGCCUCUUGUGAUAGCGUGGCACCAUAACGCAAGCCGGGGAUACCUUCCUUCCUAGCCUUCAAAACAUCCCAGAAAGUUCUCCUUUCACAUACCCAAGGACCCCGGCCUCCCAGGAUCUGGAACUCCCACGUAAACCUCUCUAGGUGAAAGCAGCGAAGUCCUUCCUGAUGUCUAACCCUAGUCCCUCCUGUUUGUGAGUUCCUCAGCACUUAGUAGCACUACCACAGCCUUACCAGUCCCUUAUCUGGGCGCAGGUGGGCCAGGCAGGCACUGGGUCCAGAAAUCCAGUCAGGUGAGAACUGUACUUUGGGCAGUGACUUGUGCCUGGGGCGGGUCAGGUGGCAGGCAGAGUAGUUAAGUAGGUCAGGGUUGUUUGUGGUAGAACCUACCCCUCCUGCACCUUCCCCUGCCUGUAAUUUACUCUGGGCUGAACUGAUUUGGGGUUAAGUUUUACCUUAGUCAAAGGGACCAGGGAAUACUGAACAACACCCAAGACAAAAAGAGACACCUGGUGGGCAUCAUGGCCUGAGGACAACAGACGAUUUAGAGCUCAGUUGACAAUGACAGGCAGGGCUCAGUCACACACAACCCCCCCCCUUAGGUCACUGAUACUAUGGCCUCAGAGAGUCAAGACGCACUCAUAUGUGUAUUAAUAGAGUAGGUACCAAAGAUACCCUAGUUACAAUUUCAAAUGGCUUAGAUCAUAACUGUGGUCUUUUCACUACACUCCCCUGAGAAAUGGUGUUCUUGCCCAUGACUUCAGCCAUCAGUCUCUGUCUCCUGGACAUUCUUUGGUGCCCCAUAACAUGCCUAAAACGGAUUCUUGACCCCCUCCAAUGCAGAGUGGCCUUCUUCCCCAGCCUUCAGCCCUCAUAUUCAAUCAUUCUACCACAGAAGAGGUGAACACCGAGCCUCUUCCCUACCCCUGUGUGAUCUCCCCACUUUCGGCUUCUGCCUUCUCCAAGCUAUGUCCUGUGGAAUCUCCAAGUGUUUUUUUAUUUGUUUUGAGCAACACAAUUAACUGGCAUGACUUAAUGGAUUUAAUAUAUUUAGACUUUUAUCCAAUAACUAAAUAAUACAUAUUUUUCUCAAGCAUGCAUGGAAGCUUUACACAUAUUAACCACGUCCUAGAUUACAAAAGAAGUCUCAAAUACAAAAGCCAGUAUUAUACACACUGCAUUGUAUGUCUGUAACAUAAUUAAGAGAUAAUAUAAAAAUAAUUAGAAAUGUUGAACACUUUUUUUUAAAGAUUUUAUUUAUGUAUUUGACAGAGACAUAGCGAGAGAGGGAACACAAGCAGGGGGAGU